AUGGUGGUCUGUCCAGAUCGAAGAUCCGAACCUGUGAAGGUUUUUUGCAGAGUACGGCCUGUAGAUGACUCUGAAGAAACCUGUAUCAGCGUUCUUGAUGAUUGCACGUUGGUCACACAGUCAAAGCAGGGCUCCUCAGGAAAACAGGGAUUUUAUUCCUUCUCCCGAGUAUUCGCACCUGGGGCGUCACAAGAAUUCGUAUUUUCGGAAACAUUGCUUCCAUGCGUUGAGCGUGUACUUAACGGUGAAAAUGCCCUCUUGUUUACUUACGGAGUCACGAGUAGCGGCAAGACCUACACGAUGCAGGGUGAUCUUGAAGACCCCGGUCUUUUGCCAAGAUCCCUCGAUAUAAUCUUCAAUUCGAUAGCUUCAUAUUCGACGCUCAAAUAUGUUGUCAAACCAACAGGACAAAACGGAUUUGUUCUGCAGUCUGAGGCGGAAGCAAUAAUGGAUAGACAACGUCUCGACUAUACUUGCAAUCCGAGAACACCCUCUAGACCUGAAAUCAAUACACCCUCCUUUGAGACCCGAGUCCGGGAGACCGAAUCCGUGCCGUUAUCGAAGAAGUCGCUCUAUGCGGUGUUUGUAUCAUUCAUUGAGCUCUAUAACAACAACAUUCAUGAUUUGCUUGCACCCACUCCGUCGCUUGGGAGGUAUUGUAACUCAAUAACGUCACCUUGCCCCCCUAGCUUGCCUAGGUCUCAUAACCUGCGUGAAGAUGGCAACAGAAACAUUUAUGUGCCUGGGAUAACUGAAACGGAAGUCAAGACGGCAGACGAGGCCCUUAAGUUGUUCUACCAAGGUCGUAAGAGGAGGCAUGUUGCUUCGACCGCCCUAAACGAGGCGUCGAGUAGAAGCCACAGCAUAUUUACAAUUCGUAUUGUGAGGGCCGGAUAUGACCCAAAUUAUGACGAAGUCAUUCAGGUACCUUUCUAUUAA